AAAGAUCAAAAGAGGUGCAAAUUACAGCGGGAACUGGACCAAUCAUUUUCCACCUCCUCAUGCUCCUCCUCCCCUUCUCUCACGGGGAGAGAAACCAAGCAGCUAAGCCCCACAUAGUCGCGGAAGGACCGUGCGCACACAGCGAUUAUUACAGCAACAACCAGCUCAGAGCAGUUUCACUCUCUCACAGAAAGGCAGAUGCACUGAUAGCAAGCCCUCGGCGGAGGAUUUCUGCUCACGGAGGAGCCUUUUAGACAGAGGUCAUGCUGAUGUCAGUGCGUUUGUGAAUGUUUAAUCCCAUUGCUCAUUUACAGGAGUGGGAACGGCUUGAGCUGAAAGGAGGUCUAUAGCUGCUUUUCAGAUGCUGGACUAUUAUGGUCCAUCUUGAGAACACCAAGUGCAGUUUUCUCUUCUGCCUUGGAGUCUGCAUCCUAAUAUGUUUUGCGAUCUACCUGAAAGCCAAAAUACCCAACACCCCCCUUCCAUCAACUGAUUUGAGCAGCCAAACCACGCCAGUCCCCCAAAGCUGUGGCAUUCUUCCACCUGCAACUUCUGGGUUUAAAUGGCAGCAAAAUGACUGUAAAAAUAUCAGCUAUGAGACCAAACCUGACGCAAACUGCACUCUAUUGCAGUCAGAUCUGCACUUUAUCAUGGAACCGUUGAGCAAAGAAGAAGACGACUUCCCUUUGGCUUUCAUAAUCACCAUCCACAAAGAGCUGGAAACGUUUGUGCGGCUACUGAGAGCCAUUUACGCUCCACAGAAUGUCUACUGCAUUCACAUAGAUGCUAAAGCACCAGAAGAAUACAAGACGAGCGUCCGAAACCUAGCUGGGUGCUUCCCGAAUGUCUUUGUGGCGUCUGUCAAUGAAAAAGUGACCUACGCUGGAUUUUCCCGUCUGCAGGCUGACAUCAACUGCAUGAAGGACCUGGUGAAGUCUCCUACAAAUUGGAAAAGAGUUAUAAAUCUUUGCGGCCAGGACUUCCCAAUCCAGACCAACCUGGAGCUGGUCCGGUACAUGCAAGGACCCGAAUGGAAAGACAGGAACAUGACUCCGGGAAUCAAGCAGCCACUGACUAUGAAGCACAGGACUGAGUUUCAGUACGAGGAGGUAAAAGGCACCCAUGUGGCACCAAAAGGCAAGGCUCAAAAGAAGGGACCACCUCCUCACAACCUAACAAUUUACUUUGGGACUGCUUAUUACUCCUUAACGAGACCGUUUGUGGAGUUUGUCCUCAACGACAAGGUGGCCAAAGACUUGCUGGAGUGGUCUAGAGACACCUUCAGCCCUGAUGAGCAUUUCUGGGUGACUCUAAAUCACAUGAAGGAAGCACCUGGCAGUUACAUCGAAGGCGAAUGGGAUGGUAACAUUCGUGCAAUCAAAUGGAGGGACCAAGAAGGAACAGCACACCAGGGCUGUAAAGGGCAAUACAUCAGGGAUAUCUGUGUUUAUGGGAUUGGCGACUUACCAUGGCUUAUCAAAAGUGAGAGCAUGUUUGCGAAUAAAUUUGAGACCGCAAGUUUCCCAGAAGCCCUGGAUUGUCUGGAACUUUGGCAUCGACAUAAAGUUCUCCAGCAGGCUACAGUUCCCAUUCAACCAUCAUGGCGUCUAACCACAGAGGUCGAAGUCAUCAACAGCACACUCAUUUCAAAACCAGAGGACUGAUUCUGGGCAAACAACCAGAAAAAGUCCCAAGGAAAGGGAAAUUCACACCAUUUACAGGCUGGUCAACUUCUGCAUGCUCAAAACCCUGAAUCACGCAUAUCACUACAUGAUCUGUGAUAUCAGUAAGCACCAGCUCCUCCUCUUGACGUCAAAGUACAAUCUCUCAUGGACAGAGCAGACAUGAAGGAAUAAACAACAGAAACCUCACUGGAACAUUUUCUGCUUUACGGAGCAAAUUUGUUGCGUCAAUAUUCACGCCACAUGGCAGUGCAGCUCGUGAUGCGUAAAUGUUGAAAACGUGAACACUGAUUGUUAUGUGAGUGAUGAGUAAUAUAACUGUUGCACUGUUAAUAGUAAUCGUAAUUUAUUUUUAUUUUUAUUUAUUAACCACAGCAUAAUGCACCGUUACAAGUGGAUAGAUAAUAAAGAAUAAAGGCAUAAAAAUCCUUGGCCAGUUCCAAGGUACAACAAA